GAGCUGCGCGCGCACGGGGCUCAGCAGUGAACCAGUAACCAGCGGCGGUGAGAGCAGCUCCUAUAAGUUCAAGCGCCCUGUAAGGGCAGAGGAGAACACAGGCUGCAGGGUUAACAUGAGCUGCGGGAUCUGUGCGCACCUGGCGGCGCGGGACGCUUCUUUUCUCCGGGAGCGCAGGAGGUGAUGCGCACUGCAGACUCGACUCGGGUGUGUUACCGGAGAGGAUGGCAGAGCUGUGGAACCACAACAACACUUCUCCCUGGAACCGGUCCGCUGCGGGACAGGACCGGUUCAGCAGCUUGGAUGACAUCGACGUGCCGGCGGACGGCUCCCCGGCGCUGCGCAUCCUCAUCUCCAUCGUGUACUCGGUGGUGUGCGCCGCCGGGCUGGUCGGGAACCUGCUGGUGUUCUUCCUGAUGAAAGUGCGCCGGGGCAGGAAGAAACGCUCCAGCAUUAACCUGUUCAUCCUCAACCUGGCUGUGACGGACUUCCAGUUCGUGCUGACCCUGCCGUUCUGGGCGGUGGACACGGCUCUGGACUUCAGCUGGCCAUUUGGAAACGCCAUGUGCAAGAUCAUCCUCUCCGUGACGGUGAUGAACAUGUACGCCAGCGUGUUCUUCCUCACCGCCAUGAGCGUCACCCGGUACUGGUCGGUGGCCUCGGCGCUGAAGGACCGGACUCGGCGCAAGGUGUGCCCGGUGCGCUGGGUGAUCGCCGGGCUCUGGGUCUCCGCCACGGUGGCCUCUUUACCCACCGCUAUAUUCUCCACUGUGAAGAGCGUGGCCGGGGAGAGGCUGUGCCUGCUGGGCUUCCCGGACGGCCAGUCGUGGCUGGCGCUGUACCACCUCCAGAAGAUCCUGGUGGCGUUCGUGUUCCCCAUGCUGAUUGUCACUGUGUGCUACCUGCUGCUGCUGCGCUUCGUCCGCCUGCGCAGCAUGAACAACAACCACGUGAAGCGGAGGUCCAGAGUGACCCGCUCGGUCACCAUCGUCGUCCUCUCCUUCUUUAUCUGCUGGAUGCCCAACCACGCCAUCACCUUCUGGGGCGUCCUGGUGAAAUUUAACGUGGUCAACUGGGAUAAGACGUACUACAUGGUGCACACGUACGUCCACCCGGUGACCGUGUGCCUGGCGCACACCAACAGCUGCCUGAACCCGGUGCUGUACUGCCUCAUGCGCCGGGAGUUCAGGAAGAAGAUGAAGGAUCUGUUCUGGAGGAUUUCCUCGCCCACCGGGUCGAACACCUGCCACCUGCGGCCGUUCUCCGGGACGGUGAGAGCAGAACCGGACGACACCCAGAUUGUCAUUCCGCUGAACAAUGUGGAGACCGAGAACUGCAGACUUUCUGUUCUGACGGACCAGUGCGAUACAGAAGCGCUGCAGAAGUAAACCAGACUUUGAAUUCAUGUUUACAGACACUAACUUCUGAAUGGUCGAUAUUUUAAAUUAUUCGUCACAAACUCAACCACUCAGAGGAACACUUUUCCUGGUGAUUUGUCUCAGCUUUUCUCACAAUAAAGUUAUUCUUUAUACGACGAGAGUUGCUGGAGUUUGUACCUCUUUUUGUGGACUUUUAACGGAACACUGCAGGAUCGUGUUAAGGCUAAUUAUUUUGGGCGACGCGGUGCAGAUUGUGCCAAUUCCAUUGCAAGUAUAAAACCAAUAAAGGGCCGAGCAGAUAAUCCCAGCCAUGUGGCGUAUAUGUUUUUUUUGACUUUGCACAAAGGGAUUGUAUAUAUUUUUGUCACAAUUUAAAGGUGUGAGAAAUAGGAGAGGAAUAACAAUCGCGCGUAAAUUGCGCAGCUGUGCGUAAAAUCAUAAUUCUGCUUCACCUGACUGCGCUGAAUCCCAAGUAGGAUCUCAUAGCACAGUCAUGCAGAUCUUGUUUUGGAGUUUUUUUUUCUGAUUCUUUUUUUGUUUUCCUAUAAAUGGCGUGCAGGCUCAGUGUCUCAUCCAAUGCUGCUUCGUUCUUAAAGUGCUCUCUGUGCAGACUUCAUGUUGCAAACAGAGGAAUCACAGUCCGAUCAUUGUGCUGCUGCAGGGAGGAUUCAGCAGCUGCUGCCUCAAACAUCCUUCUGUGGAAUAUUAUUGACGUUU